UAUUAAUUAUUAUUNUUGAAUUAAAAUACUUAUUAAAUUGUAAGUUACCUUGUAAUUUCAUUUUCUUUACAUUCUCUGAAAGUAGAUAUGCACGAACAGAUCCUAACAUUUUUAUCUGCAGUUUUUAAAGAAGAUAAUGGUAGAUGGAUUUAUUGUAACAGUACUAAUUUUAAUCGUUCAUUCAGGCCGAACGUCAAAAGUAGUGAAAGCUAAAUAAAAACAUUCUCUUAUCACUGGAACAGUGGGACGUAUAUACCGUACCCCGUGCUUCAAUACUAAAUACAAGUAAGAGGGAGGAGAUUAUCGUGCCAUUUAUACGAUUCGUAUUGUGUACGUUUCAUGGAAAGCUGUGUAUUCUUUUAGUCUGACAUAACUAAUUACUCAAAAUGCAAUAUCUAAAAUAUUCGAAGCAUUCGAUCUCUAAAUAUUUCAUCACUUUCAUGUGGUUGGCCACACUUGUUUAUUAUUGUAAUUAUCGGUGCAACACGUGUAACUGCACAGUCAGUGUCAAUCAUGACAACGAUGACAACUACGAGACAUGAACGGCAUUACUUUUUCAAUACUCUCGCUAUUUUGCUAAAAGCUGUAGAAAAAGAACGAACGACUGUCGAUCUUCGAAAUGAAGCGUCAGUUUAUGGAACAGUAGAGCACGUAGAUGCCUUCAUGAAUAUCGUAAUGAGAGAUUGCAUUUUCACUGAUCCCAGAGGGGAUUCGUAUAGUUACGCCAUGUUCUUCGUCCAUGCAAGAAACAUCCGGUUUGUUCACAUUCCUCCAAAAAUGCGUUACGGUCCUGCUCGGCUACGUCAUCGGCUGGAUGACUUCUGAUUCGGCGUACAGGUGGCGCUGAACCUCCAAUCGUGGUGUCGUGGUAGUGCUCGUUUGUUUUUACCCAGCGUGCAUUGUGAACAGUGACUGGUGCUAAGAUGGCCGACAACAAGGAGGAGAUUUCGGAGCUCGUCGAAAAGCGAGGUAUUUAUUGCUGUUGCACUAUUUAUUUUGCGUGAUCGUCGUUUAAAAUAGACGCGAGAUGUACGACGAGCAUGUCGGCGAUGACGAACGGUCAAUAUGAUCUGUAAUUGCCGUAAAAAUCACGCCAUCUGCACGCACGGUGCUCAGAAGGAACGAUCGCGAAAUUCGUCGUGAAUACACUAACGAAUCGGAGAUCAGUUUUUCUUGUUCUUCGCGAAAUCCGCGAUGCCCACGGCUAGUU